AUGGGGCGCUCCGAGAGCCCGGCCUUUCCUCUCUCUGCCCCCGGAGCCCGUAGCCGCAGCCAAGCUCAGCCUAGGGACACGUCCCUCAAAGUCAGCGUGGCCCCGGGCAUGGGGAGUGGGCUGGCGGGCGACGGGUGGGCGCUGCCAGGCCACAGGGAGCUGCCGGGCGGGGGCCUGGUUCCCGGCGCUCGUGGGUCCUUCCCAUCCAGCAUCGGGACCCUUGGAGCGGGCCGCGGGGCCAGGCCGGCUGUCCUCCUCCUCGGGAGCCGGGGUCUGGCUGUCGGGGGGCGGCUCCGUGUGCACCCCUCCAGCAGGCUGGGUCCCCGGGGGCCGACGCCGGGUGGGGUCAGCAGCUCCGGGGGCAGCCUGUCUGGAGGGCUCGGGGGCGCAGGGACGGAGCUGUCGAGUCCCCGAGCAGCUGCCUGGAGGAGGCCCUGGCGUCCAGGAGCCCCGAGGGCGGCCCUGGCUCCCCCCAGGCCUGGGUUUGCACCGCCCGUCCGGAGAGCUGAGGGCGGCCGCUCGGGAACACGGGGAGCCCAGCAGGACACCCUUCCGGUCCCGGCACCUGGGACGAGAAAGCCCCGCAGCCGGGGCGGGGCAGGCUGGCCCGGGGACACCCCGACCUUCCUCAGGAGCCCACGUCCCACCGUCCGGAGUGCGUGCCGGUCGGCGCCUGCCCGAGGGAAGACGGACUUCACGGUCUUCAGGUACGUUCCUGUGGGACUGAGGUCCGUCCCCAGCAGUGCGUUCAGAAGGGACACGGACGGCAGAGGGAAGCGGAGCCUCGGGCUGUCCCACCCCCGGUCCCAGAAAGCACGGACCGGGCGAAAUUAGGGAAAGUUAGACGCAGACUCCAGCAAGACGCGGACGAGGUGGGAAACUGCGCAGACGGGGCAGGGCAAGAAGGGGCCACUCUGCCGCGGAGCGGGGUGCAGCCUGGGUGGGCCCGCCCGUCGCCCGUCGCCCGGCCCAGAGCCACUGGGCACCCUCGCUCGUGCUGCAGUAUGGGGACGGGCAGCAGCAACUGGCGCCACCCACCAGGGUGGGAAGGGCGUCCGGGACGCAGGCUCUGCUGGGCCCUGUGGGCCUGCUGCUCCGUGGGAGCUCGGGGUGCUCCGACAGACUGGCUGGGG